AUGGGGCAGAUCGAGUGGGCCAUGUGGGCCAACGAGCAGGCGCUGGCGUCCGGCCUGAUCCUCAUCAUGGGAGGCAUCGUGGCCACCGCCGGCCAGUUCACCAAGUGGUACUUCGGCGCCUACUCCAUCGGAGCAGGCGUGUUUGUGUGCCUGCUGGAGUAUCCGCGCGGGAAGAGGAGGAAGGGAUCCACCAUGGAGAGAUGUGGACAGAAGUACAUGACCAAAGUGGUGAAGGUGUUCGGGCCUCUCUCCAGGAACUACUACAUCCGGGCCUUCCUGCACCUUGGGCUCUCAGUACCUGCUGGAUUCCUGCUGGCCACCAUCCUGGGGACAGCCUGCCUGGCCAUCGCGAGCAGCAUCUAUCUGCUGGCGGCUUACCACGGAGAGCAGUGGAUCCCCAUCGAGCCCCAGCCCAAGGAGCGUCCGCAGGUGGGUGGCACCAUCAAGCAGCCGCCCAGCAACCCCCCACCGCGGCCGCCAGCCGAGGCCCGGAAGAAGCCCAGUGAAGAGGAGGAGGCGGCAGGUGCUGUGGGGGUUUCCGGUGGCCCCCAGGAAAACCCAGUCCCGGUGAUUGAUGAGGUUGUAUGA